CCGGGACCCAGCCGGAGCGCGGGGCCGCCCCCUUCCUCCCUCGCUGGCGCCGGGCUGAGCCCCGAGCGGAGAAACGGAGUCGGCCCUAAGCUCCCUGUUUGGUUUUUGGGUGGCGGCAGCCUGAGGAGGAACAUGGCGCUCGUAGGCAACGGAGCAGAGCUAGAGGCGGACGAGGACAUCUUUGAAGAUGCAAUGGAAACCAUCUCUAUGGCUAAGGAGAGUAUGUACCAUGCCUUGGGCUACAGUACUAUUGUGGUGUUGCAGGCGGUCAUGACCUUCGAGCAACAGGACAUCCAAAACGGCAUUUCUGCCAUGAAGGACGCAUUACAAACCUGCCAAAAAUACAGGAAAAAAUGCACAGUUGUAGAAUCUUUCUCAAGUCUUCUUUCUAGAGGAUCAUUGGAACAGCUGACUGAAGAGGAAAUGCAUGCCGAAAUCUGUUAUGCCGAGUGUCUCCUACAGAAAGCAGCACUCACGUUUGUGCAGGAUGAAAAUAUGAUCAACUUCAUCAAAGGUGGACUCAAAAUUAGGACAAGUUACCAAAUAUAUAAAGAAUGUCUUUCUAUCCUGCAUGUAAUUCAGAAGAACAAAGUUGAACAGCAGUUCUUCUAUGAGUUUGAAGGGGGUGUCAAGCUUGGAAUUGGUGCCUUUAAUUUGAUGCUCUCCCUUUUACCAGCACGGAUUAUCAGACUACUAGAAUUUAUAGGAUUUUCAGGAAACAGGGAGUUGGGCCUCCUGCAGUUACAGGAAGGUGCAUCAGGAAGAAGCAUGAGGUCUCCGCUGUGCUGCUUAACUAUACUAGCUUUUCAUACUUACAUCUCUCUAAUCCUUGGUACAGGAGAAGUGAAUGUUGUGGAAGCAGAGAGUCUUCUUGCACCCUUCCUCCAGCAGUUCCCAAACGGCUCCCUCAUGUUGUUUUAUCAUGCUCGGAUAGAGCUGCUGAAAGGGAAUGUGGAAGAGGCACAAGAGAUAUUUCGAAAAUGCAUUUCAGUUCAAGAAGAAUGGAAACAAUUUCACCAUCUCUGUUACUGGGAGCUGAUGUGGAUUUAUGUAUUCCAACAAAACUGGAUGGAGGCAUAUUAUUAUUCCGAUCUGCUUUGCAAAGAAAGUAAAUGGUCCAAGGCAACGUAUGUGUUCCUGAAAGCUGCAAUUUUGAGUAUGCUUCCAGAGGAGGAUGUAGUAACAACUAAAGAGGAUAUAGUAACUUUAUUCAGACAGGUGGAUAGCUUGAAGCAGAGAAUUGCGGGGAAAUCUAUCCCUACUGAGAAGUUUGCUGUAAGGAAGUCUCGUCGUUACUCUGCCUCGUUGCCUGCACCCGUGAAGCUCAUCGUGCCUGCCCUGGAGAUGAUGUAUGUCUGGAAUGGUUUUCCAAUAGUGAGCAAGAGAAGAGACCUUUCCGAAAAUCUGUUGGUCACUGUCGAAAAGGCUGAGGCUGCUUUACAAAAUGAAAACGUAAGUGACUACUCUGUGGACGACGAGUGCCUGGUGAAGCUGCUGAAGGGCUGUUGCCUGAAGAACCUACAGCGACCCCUGCAGGCCGAACUGUGCUUCAAUCACGUCAUCCAAAGUGAAAAGCUACUGAAGUAUGAUCACUAUCUAGUGCCAUUUACUCUGUUUGAGUUGGCCUUUUUGUACAAAAGCCAAGGGGAAAUUGACAAGGCCAUAAAGACCCUAGAAACUGCAAGAAACAACUACAAAGAUUACUCCAUGGAGUCCAGGCUACACUUCCGAAUUCAGGCAGCUCUUCACCUCUGGAAAAAAACUUCCUCCGAUUGAUCAGAACAUGAAGGAUGGAGUUUCCCCUCAGCACUGACAUCUGCUCUAGAUUAGACGUUGUAUUAAAAUGGAAAAGUGAUCUUGUGAAUGAGAG